CUCCCCUCUGCGCUGAAGCAGGGGGGGUUUCCAUCAUGGCGUCGAUGCAGAAGAGGCUUCAAAAGGAAUUAUUAGCCAUGCAAAAUGAUCCACCCCCUGGCAUGACGCUCAAUGAAAAAAGCGUACAGAACACCAUUACGCAUUGGAUUGUAGACAUGGAGGGAGCAUCUGGCACACUGUAUGAAGGAGAGAAAUUCCAGCUGCUUUUCAAAUUUAGUAGUCGAUAUCCAUUUGACUCACCUCAGGUUAUGUUCACAGGAGAGAAUAUACCUGUCCACCCUCAUGUGUAUAGUAACGGUCACAUCUGCCUCUCUAUUCUCACGGAGGAUUGGUCGCCAGCCCUGUCAGUGCAAUCAGUUUGUCUUAGCAUUAUCAGCAUGUUGUCCAGCUGCAAAGAAAAGAGACGACCGCCCGAUAACUCCUUUUAUGUCAGAACGUGUAACAAAAAUCCAAAGAAGACUAAAUGGUGGUAUCAUGAUGAUACAUGCUAAUGUACACACUUUGUAAUAAUCGUAGAAGAAAGAAGUCCUACUGACCUACGUGAAGCACUUUUAAAUCAUUCAGUCUUUGAACUCUGACCUUGACUGGAACAAUGGACACCAUGCGCUGGAUGCUCUUUACUGCAUCCCCCCUCCAACUCCCUGACCCCCCGGCCCCCCGCCCCGUCCCCAUGUGGGCCGUUGGAUGCAUGUUUUAGUCAAAUGUACUAUAGAGAACGAAAAUAAAUAAUGGAACAUUUUAGGUGCACCCAAGAUGGAUAGUUUUUGGCGGUAGUAAUGCAGCGAGCAAGCAAGGUGGAUUUGUAGUGAGAUACUUAUAAUUCCUGUUUUAAGAUUAUUGUUACUUUUUUGUUUGUGUAUGUAUGGGUGCAUUUUAAGGACCUUGUGUUGUGCAAUAAUAUCUGAUGGAUGCAUGCCUGGGCCUACAAAGAGAAAUCCAAAUCUGCUCGUUUUCUGGAAGGGAUCUGACCAUCAAAACCCCGAGGAAAUGCUUCGUCUGUUUUUGUUGUUGUUUUUUUAAUUGUGUGCACUAUGAAAGUAUAGUUCAUAUAGGCAUUAUUCAUACGUUAACCCCAGCUUGCAGUCGUACUGUAAGCAGUCCACUUAUUUAUCAGGUUGAAGGGUUUUAGUUUGUAACCGCUCUAUAUCAAGAGUAGACCGUUGUCUUCAUCAGCUUCCAACGUGAGACCCGGUGGCAGGCAGCUCUUCCUGCCGUUGGACCACAUGUCGAUACAGAGAUGAAUCAAACGGAUAUAGAGCAGCAGGGAGCAGCAGGUGACCUCAGAGUGCACCUCCUCGUAAAGUUGGGCUGAACUCGUGUAGUGUUCACUCGUACGGCCUUGAAGAUGUGCAGCGGCCUCUCUUCCGUUUAGAAAAUGUCUGUCAGAGAACGUGUCGCAUUAUUAAUUUUUUGUUGUACGGUAUUGAUUUCUAUAUUCAUGCGUUGAUCUUCUAAAAUCUUUGGUUUUUAAAUGAGUUUGCUUUUCUUUUUUUACUUUUCAACUCGCUGAUACUUUGAAAAGGGGAUUAUUUUUGAUGGGCCAGUAUAUUUUGGAUUUUGUUGUUGUAUUUGUUAUUUAAUUUCAAUCUUCAUUUUGAUCUCCAGAAUGGUAGUGAAUGACGGAAAGGAGAGUCUUGAUAGAAGCCUUAAAGAUGAGGCUUUUGUGAUUUCCCCCCUGGUCAGAGUUUUGGCUCAGGUACUUUUUUCAAUAAAGAGAUCUCUAAAAAGAUACCCAUCAGAUAUUUUGAAUUUAAUUAUAUUUUCACCAAAAGAGACUUAUGUUGUAAACUUAUAACAUGUCUGAAACCAUUGUAUAUAAGUCUUUGAAUAGUUGGAUGAUGUGAGCGAAAAUUAGACGAUGCAUUUACUUAAUAGCAGAAUGAGUGCUUUAUUUCAUUUAAAGUUAGUCUGCAUCUUUUGCUAAUUGGGAUGUGUACAGUCAGCAACAAACACUACUGUUUGUAAAAAAUAAAAUAAAAAGUUUAGUAGUUUUACAGUGGGGAUGCAUGCCAUUUUAAACCCUACGUGUUCUUAUUGGCAUCAGACAUUGUGACCACUUGUAGUCUUUCCAUAACUUAGUUAAUGGUUUAUGUGAUGGAUACCCAGAGGCUGUGUGGCUCUUUGUCAUUUCAGAUGGUCAUCACUUCAUUCCUAAAGAAAUGUUUAUCACCAUUCAGUCAGAGAUACUUGAAUUUUCCAUCUUGGGUUGUUUGUAUUGCUUUUGUGUUUUCCAGGGUGUAGCGGAGUUUCAUGAAUGGACUUGAGUGAAUGUUAUGAUACUCUAUACUGUAGAGGAGAUUACCACAGCACACCGCUAUCUCAGAAACUAUAUUGAUAACUUAAAGACAUCUAUUUAACCAAUGUUUUUUUUUUUUUUAAGCUUUAUUCUGCUGGAUUUGCCUGUUUUCACCAUGCUGUGAGGAAACGACCAUCGGCAUGAACAUGAUUGUGUAAAUGCAGUCACAACAGCAUUUGAGUGGGGGACAAGGAGCCUUCGCCCAGUUCGCCAGUAAAUCAGAGGAGAUUUGUUAAACAUGCGAGUGAAAGUGUUCCAUGGUUUUGGAUACAACAUGAUAUUAUUUGUUCUUGUUUUUUCUUUUCCUGUUCAAUGUGGUUUGAACUCUUAGCUUGCAGGUUGUUGUGAGUGUUCAACACUAACGAGGGUGUGAUAUUUAUAGUUGAAAUUCUGUUCUGGGAUGUGCAAGCUCCAUGUAAAAGGUGCCUGUUCAUUUUCAUAAUCAAUAAUAAAAAGCAAAGAUUAACUUUUA